GCCAUCAAAAAUUACUAUCGCAUCAUCAAUAGUAGGCAAGUCUGGUACAGUGAAAUAGAUGAUUAGUGCAAUCAUCAUAGCCCAAACGUCAAUUCUGAUGUGUGUGCCGAUUGGUAGUUGCUUGCUGGUUUGUUAAAAACAUGGUGGUGAUGACUUUGCUCAACUAUUCAAUAAUUACGCCCGUCUUUCUGCUGUGACCCUCAAAAAGGGCUUCUUCAAUUACUCAUUAAAGACUCAUAGUUCGGAAACAAGAACUUCUUCAGAAUGGAGGAUUAUAAAUACUUGUUCAAGGUUGUCCUGGUUGGAAAUGCAGGAGUUGGAAAGACUUGUUUAGUGAGAAGAUUUACACAGGGUUUAUUCCCACCGGGUCAGGGUGCUACGAUAGGAGUAGAUUUCAUGAUCAAAACUGUUGAAGUAGAUGGCGAUAGAGUUAAGCUUCAGAUCUGGGAUACUGCUGGUCAGGAACGUUUUCGUUCGAUCACACAGAGUUACUACAAGUCAGCGAAUGCAUUAAUAUUAGUGUAUGACAUCAGCUGCCAGCCUUCUUUUGAUUGUCUUCCUCAGUGGUUGAGUGAAAUUGACAUGUACGCUAGCACGAAAGUAUUGACAUAUCUAGUUGGUAACAAGACGGAUCGUGUAAACCAACGAGAAAUUCCUGUGCACAUUGCCGAAGAAUUCGCGAGACGUUAUGGGAUGCGUUUUCUGGAAACCUCGGCAAAAGAGGCGGAUAAUGUUGAACGUUUAUUUAUGGAGAUUGCUAAAGAACUUGCGCAACAAGCUCGAGAAAAUGACAUACGACCACGAUAUGAAACGGAACUGACCGCAGGAGCCACUGCGCCACCUAGUAGCUUCACUACUUGCUGCAAGAUAUAAAGUUGUGGCUUGUUUACAUAUCAUCAGUUUCGAGAUGAAGUUUCUACCUGGCUGCAUCACAUCUGCAAAUUCACCUUAUUCAAGAAAGAAAACAAACUGGAUUUUGAAUCACUGUUGAUGUUAUUGUAAUAAAAAAACCUGCUUCAGUAGUUGAAAUUCCAAUUUAGCUCAGUUCAGUAUUCAUACUUAUCCAAUUUCUAACUCUCCCAGUCUUGAUGUGACAUGUGUGGAUUUGUGACUGGCAGAUUGAUGUUGUGAUGUUUUGACACUUUUGGGCAUGAGGUAACAUUUGACAAACCAAAUUCAAUGAGGAGGCGUAGUAGCUACCAGGCUUCAUUCGUUCUGCAUUAUUUUAGCCCAAAUUGAGACUGAGGGCAUGAAAAAGGCUGUGUGCACUUUUGAUGACCCAAUUAGAAAAAAAUAGGGAGUCUGAAACAGAAAAAAAGGCAAAUGGUUUCAGGAUGUGAUGUGGUCAUGUUGAACAAAACCUUCUCUAUGAUUGUCAUUCUGUGAAUGAAUGUGUGUGGUUUUCUUUUUUUUAUAAAUUCAGUUGGUGUGAAGUAUGAUUGUGUUGCAAUAGUGUUCUCGGGCCGUGCAAUUUCAAUGGAUAUGUUGUGACUGAGAGUUAUGGAGUUUUUGCGAUCAGCUUUGUGUACUUCCAGGUUGAGGUUAUAAGGGUUAAUGUGGGUGCAUGUAAAAAUGGAAUAUGCUGAAUGUGUAUUCGAAAUUCUCAACUGAUACAUUUCAAACUAGUCGAAAUCAUACAUAGCCAAUUGAGUAUUCAUAUAAACCUUGCAUUUCAGUUCUUCACUUCUACAGAAGAUGUGCUGUCCCUGUUAAAUUUGGGCUUACUCGUGUCGGCUUUGUUGAAGCACUAUACUAGACCCACCAAUUUUCGUUAUUUGUGUCAUGAUGUUUGCUUUGAAACGGUUUCAAAAGUAGCCUUACUGUGAGAAAUAAUUUUAACUUUAACCUGAUUUUAAUGUAGCGGUAUUUCAAUCCCAUUUGUCCAGGCUUAACCAAUUCGUUGUUGGCUGUGACUAAUUCUAAAAUAGAUAAAAAUGAUGCCAAAUCUUUCGUGUGUCUUUUAUACACUUACCAGUUCACAAAAAACGUACACCAUGCACUGUGUGUUAUCGUUAAUAUUCAAGGAUUUCACUGUUUUUGUGCUUGUCUAAAACAUUGUCAAUAUUUUCUUAUUUGAUAGAUCAUUCCUAUCGUAAUACUCAGUAAAUUACUACAAUUUUAAAGAGCUAGGGUGUUGGCACUGUUGUUUUGCAUGCCUUGUCAAAAAUCUAAUAACUGUCGAAAAAAUAACGAUAAUCCUUAGCAGAUUAUUCAAUUCACCAAAUUACCAUGCCUCACAGCCCAAGUCUUCCUGUUGCACUUGUUGAUAAGUUGGUCGGGUACCACUAUUUUUUGUUGAGAAGUGUGUUAAAUUAUCUGGUUAUUGUCCCACCCUCCUUAUUUUUGUGAUACACGAAAAAAUCAUUUCAAAAAUCAUUUUAAGCAUGGCGUGUUGGUCUUUCAUUCAGGUGAUUCCUAUUUGUCGUGGUCACAUUGGUCACCAAUCUUAGCAAUACGUGUGCCAAUUAUGAUGCUGUAUCAGUGAUUGUCAUAGCUAGAUGUUCAUACAUGUAUGUAGAUGUUAAUAUUAUUCAGUGUGACAUGGGAAAUGCAAAAAUUUGACCUUGAAUUUUAAAAGUGCUUUACAGAUGCAACACAUGUGGCUGAUGUGUGCAAUUAUAUCAAAUGCCGUGUGGUUUAGUUUAAAAUUAAUUCUAAGUAGUAGUUUGAAAUACUAAAAAUAUCAAUUUAUGAGCAAAGCUUUCUUCAAAAGUCUCAGUGUGGACAUCAUCAGCUCUAUAAAUGAUAUUGAGUGACCCUUUGAGAGGGAUUGACCUCCCAAUCACAAGAGGAAUGACCGAUUGUAAGUUCAAUGGAAAUUUUUUGCAUUGUUCUUGUCCAAAUGUUUAUGAAAACUAGUGUUGAUAAAAGUGUAGCUUCGUUAUAAAGUAGGCUUGGUUAUCUUUCAACUUGGUGUAGAAUAUUGAGUGGUGAUGCGUCGUGAUUCUUUCUAAGUGGAUAAUGUGAAUCACUACUUGCUGCACUAUUAUUGCAGGUAGACAUAGUUCUAGUUUAGCUUUCUUCAGAGGAAUUUUGUUUGGUUGCUCGGCUGACCGCUGGGUACGAGUGGACUCAUUUUAUAGUGCUGUGUUCAUAACAAUUUGGAACUUGGAAUAUGCUCAUCUGAUAUGAUGGUCUAUACUCGUAAGUUCUUUAGAUUUGCAAACAAUGAGUCUACUGCAUUAUGGAUGUGAACUUCUGUGUAAUUAGAACUUGCAGGCAUUGGUAGGCAGUGUCUCAAAGAAAAUAUAUGCCUCUCUCUCAGUAUGCAUCCGAAUAAAAUCAAAUACUUCACAGUAAAAUCAAAAAAAGUUUUAGUCACUGGCAUGCAGCUCAUCGUCCAGUUAAUUGCCAUUGCUCAAUGUAAAAGGGGACCAAGUACAACGUUUUUGGAGACACCUUUUACUGGAAUAUUUCCACCAUGGAAUUCCUCCAGUUAUGUGUUUUAGUCUGCUCCAGCUUCCAUCUAAACCAGAAACUCACUAUUAGUUUCUGAUCGGACGUAAUUCUCUGAAGUUAGCUGAGUUAGAUUUCUGCUUGCUGCAUCUUGACGUCUUAUUCUGAUUUCAGUAAAUCCGCAUGCAGUGUUUUACUUGAAAUGUUUGUAUAAUGCUUUUUAUGACUGUACAUAAAAUUGCAUCAUUAUCUAGAAAAGUGCAAUGUAUCAAUUUGGCAUUGUUUAUGAAGUUGUAUAAAUGUUCAGAGAGUGGGAAAUGCUGUGUAGUAUUAUCAUCAUAGGUCAGUCGACUAAUACCAUAAUGUGUUAAUUUUAUCGCUGUGUUGGAACAAUAUCUGUGGUUGAUAAUUAUAAAUGUGAACAGUUUUAUAAGAAAAUACCCACUGUUUCUUUGUAAAAAGCUACAUUGUCACUGGCCUUCAUCAGAGUUUUAUUGAAAACAAGACAAUCUGAAACAUAUUUGGCUUCAGUUGUUUUGAAAAUGAGUUGUGAACACACCGUGCAUUCAUGAUAACAAAAAUUAUACUUCUUAUACAUGCAGCUAAUAAUAAAAUACAAAAACUUGAAAAAGCUUCCACGGCCCAAAGUAGCUUUAUGCAUCGAAUGAACGCGUCUAUGUGUAAUUAUUUGUCAAUAUACACUAUGCAUUGUAUCUUCUUUUAUUUUGACUGCCAGUUUUAUCAUUAUUUGGAUUUCAGCGUUUCAAAGUCAUGAGAUGACAAUAUGAUAUCACCCACCAACUGAUAUAUUGCAGCCACGAUUGUUGUCUACCGUGCUCUGGAUUCCGAAUUCAUCCGGUAAAUAAAUAUGGUGCUUUUCCUGACUGGGGAUACUACCCAGAAGACCCUCAUCUGGAAAGAGACAGAUUGGCAAUGGCAAUUAGAAAAGUUUUUGUUAGGAUGCAUUUACAGCAGUUUUGAUUUGUUUGUUAUUCUAUCCUCUGGUUUGUUUGUUUUCAUUGUCUUGCUAGACACACAUGGUCAGGAUCAAUGUGGUCAUAUAUAUAUAUAAAUAUAUAUUCUAGAUCUUUUCAUUGUACAAGAUUCUAGGCGGAAGAUCUCUAUUUCAUUGUUAUUAUACAUUAUUUUUGUGAUGUCUUAUGAUUUCUGUAUCUUUCAUAAAGGGUUAAAAGAGAAGAGAAUGGAGUUGUGGGAUGUGGGAAACCACCGGGUUUCCUGCUGUUAUGGAAUCAAAGCUUUACUAUUGCAUAAUUGCCUGAGAUGUUCAAUUGUUUUAUGAACAGAACUUCUGAAGCUUUACCCUUGUAUUUGUACUGGGCUAUUUGGCUGUUAUUGCUAUACGAUACUCACUACUGCAUGAUGUUUGGUCAGUGGCCUUAAUUAAGUACAAGCUGAUGUCAUUUAUAUUUCCGUUCUGGGGUUUACAAGUUGUCAUCUAAAGCCGUUGUCUUCUGAUUGGUCUCUACUUGGACAAGUCUGGACCAAAUUCCAAAAGGUGUAAACAGCCUUCAUCGAAUACUGAAUAGGCUGAUUCAGGGCCUCAAUGUAUGUUUCAGCAUACGGUAUAUCAGCCCUGAAUCAGUCUUUCCAUAAAAUGCACUUUCGGCUUAAACGCUCUUUGCGAAUUCUGUCCUUCGGGUUAUUUAAAAGAUUUGUAUUGUUGAAUUUUGUGUCCUUUUAUGCCUGAUGUGUUGCCCGUGUCGUGGUAGCAUGUUGAUGCAAGUCUUCUGUAUGCCGAAUUGUAUUAUUGUUGCUUAUAUAUGUAUAAGGAAAUACGUGAUAAAGCUG